CAAACUUUUAUUUUAGUAGGAGACAAAAAAAUUCCAAUCCACCAAGCCAAACUUAAGGUGAACCGCCUAUUUAGGAAUAUUAUUAGAAACUGCUACCCUGCAGGAAAGAAUGAAAGACAGAUAAAAGAAUCGCAUAUAUUAAAUUUGCAAGUACGAAGUGUGGAUUGCUUGAGAAAUUGUGGCCGUUGUGCAGAGGUACCGGAGUCGUUGGAGCACUUAUUCAGAUUAUGUGGUGUAGCAAAGGAUAAUUGGACCGAGGUUAAAUGGCACUGGAAAUCACAGGAGGGUGUUUCUUUUUUGGACCAGCUCUGUGAGGAGUUCCGAUGCGGGAAGCAAGAGGACAUGGAACGCCUAGUUUGGGGCUGCUGGACACUGGAGCGAACGGAAUAUCAGGAUUUGGCAGGGGUCUUCUCCCUUGGCAAGGCAGGCUGCUUAUCGAGCCAGUGCUUUGGUCGAUGGGUGGCGACACGCUCAAUUGCAGGUAGCUCGGGGACGAAGGCAACACCUAGUUUGGCAGGGCAGAGCAAAAUGGAGCAGACCGGUACAAGGGGGCUGGAAGCUGAAUGUUGACGUAGCUAUUCGGGCAAACAAAUGCAGAAUGGGCUGGUGUUUGAGGAAUUCUGAGGGUCAGUUCAUAGCUAGUGUUUUACGACCAUGGUCGGGCAGAAUGUCAGUACUUGGAGCCGAGUUCGUUGGAAUCCGUGAGGCAUUGAGUUGGUUGAAAGGUUUUGGUGAUAUCCCGGUAGAAUUAGAAUCUGAUGCAGCAAGAGCAAUUUCAGAAAUUCUAAACGGCUCGAGCUGCUCGUUGGUGGGACUGUUGAGAGAUGAUAUUAGAGACUUGGCGAAUUUUUUUUCAAACAUUUCAUUUAGUCAUAUUAGACGUUCAGCGAAUAGGCCUGCCCAUUUGUGAGCUAAGGCGUCUUGUGUCUUUGCCUGAAUCGCAGUCUUGGGUUGAUUUUCCUCCAUCUUUUAUUGUAU